CCCAUCUGGAGGCGCAGAGAGCCUCCGUAGGGGUCCACGAAACAUUGGGCGAAGGGGCGCCCAAGGGAGGGCACGACCCAAGACCCCUCCCUCCCGAAGACUGGUCUCACGGGGAGCCUCUACCCUGCUCCCUGCUUCCCCAGCUCUGAUCGUGGCCAUGGCAACGGAUGAGGAGGCUGGAUGCCGGACAGGGCGGCGGAGGGCUCCCCAAACACACCCAAAUACAGGAGCAUUCGCGCUGAGGACGAAGCCCGAACGCCAACGCCAACGGGAUGUCCUGGGCGCUCAGCUGUCAUCAGCUGUGCUUCCUCAGGCCACCGGCCACGGCUCUAGGAGGCAGGCCCCACCAUCACCCCCAUUCUGCAAAGAACAGAGCCGAGAAAGAGAGAGAAACGGCUGCCCACAGCCGGGAAGAGCAGGGAUUGGAACCAGGGUUUGGGUCCAGAGGCGGAGCUCUCACCACAGCGCUGCUGGAGGCCUGGGGCCCCCGGAACUGAGGAUAUGUCACGAAUAAUUUCAAGCCCCUUGGGUUUAUCUAGGGACAGGGCCAUCCUGGAGACAGACGCCCGGCUCUCUAGAAGCCAUUACUCAGCGGGGCAAAGGACGUGGGCUUUGAUGGGAGACACACAGGCGGCUGUGAGAGCCCAGCAGAUACAACUCCACUCCCACGGCUCCCGUCCAUGCCCUCCCACUGCUACCUCAGUGGGUGGCUCCCAUCUCCUUCAAACAUCCAAUAAAUGCCUCCCUCACUGGGGGAUCCCACACUGCCCCUUUCCCUUACCAUGCCUCAG